UUGGCCAGCCUUCCCAGAGUGGCAUGGAAAAAAAAAAGUUGAUGUCCCUUUCUUUCCAGUCUAAAUUUAGCUGAGGAGAAACAGCAGGAUUUUCUAAUCUUCUUUUGGUUUAUCAUAAAAAAUAACAUGUAAGCUCUGCUCCGUAGGGAAUGCAAAGGAUGCGCCACAUAAAAAAGACGCGUGAGAAGUUGAAAGCAGGGUUUGAGGCUGUUGAUCAACGGAUAUUCGUGGUUGUUUUUCUCAGGGGUACUAAACAGCUGACAUUAUAUUUUACACAUUAGAUGCCAUAAUUAUUCAACUGUUCCUAUUUCGGUGCUGUAACUCCUUCUCUUUGCAAACAAGCGCAGCACAAAGAGCUCGUCAGGUUUCUGAGGGAAAGCGGAGCGUCGACUCUGCCACUCAUUAAUGCUGUGGAGGAGCACAGGGCGGUUGCACGUUUGUAAUCCGACGGUGCUACAGCAACAUUUCUCAACAUCUCAGCUUGUUUGGAAGUUGAUUUGAUCAGCUAUCGACGCGCUAUUAUUAUAGCAGACAUAUGAGACCUAACGCGUAAAUGUUUGAUUGCUGUUUAAUUUAGAUUCUUCCAGUGGCAGGUAGAACCAUCGGUCUCUGUGUGAUUGUGGACAUAUCGUGGACAGUGUGUGGGAUUGGCUGGGCGGCACAAGUUGGAGGGCACCGAGAGGAGUUUGCAGGAUUCGCAAAUGAGAAGCACACUUCAGAACCAAGGACAGAGCCAAACAGCUGCCCGGCAAACAUGCCCAAAGUGAGCAUCAUCUGGAUUCUGUCUGUCUAAUGAAGCUCCUGACGAUUUCUGUAUUUAGUCUAUUGUUGCUCGACUUGUGUGAAGAAGACCAGCAAAUACAUCGAGGAAGAUCCUUCCACAAAAGAAAAUAUCAGAGAUGCUGUAUUCACUGAGAGAAAACUUGAAAGGAAACUGCAUCCAGGCUUUGUGAACAACAACCCAUCUCUACUUUAACCAUCUAAACCCUGUUACCAAUCCACCAUGCUGCAUGCAAUGCUGUGCUUCAAAUGGCGAGCCAAUCCUGUCCAUUAUUGGCCUGUCCACAUGUUCCUGUUGGAGCUGUUAAUACCAGGAGUCCUGCCAAGCAUCUCCAGAUUACCUCCUGCAGCCAAACGGGAGAUCAUCAUGGAUGGGGACUUGGUGAUUGGAGGCCUGUUCCCUGUGCAUGAGAAAGGUGAUGGGAUGGAGGACUGUGGGAAGAUCAAUGUUGAGAGAGGGAUCCAGAGAUUGGAGGCCAUGCUGCUGGCACUUGAUGAGAUUAACUCCAGCGAUCGCAUCCUUCCAGGACUCCAGCUGGGCGCCCACAUCCUGGACACCUGCUCCAAGGACACCUACGCUCUGGAGCAGUCCCUAGAUUUUGUUAGGGCCUCCCUCACCAAGGUGCACGAUCCAGGCUUCAUCUGCCCAGACGGCUCCAGACCCAUCCAAAAUGAGGUGCCGCUGGCCAUCUCGGGGGUUAUUGGAGGAUCCUACAGUGAUGUUUCCAUUCAGGUGGCCAACCUCCUGCGUUUGUUCCAGAUCCCUCAGAUUAGCUAUGCCUCCACUAGUGCAAAGCUCAGUGAUAAGACUCGCUAUGACUACUUUGCCCGCACUGUGCCCCCUGACUUCUACCAGGCCAAGGCCAUGGCUGAGAUUCUGCGUUACUUCAACUGGACCUAUGUCUCAACAGUAGCAUCUGAGGGGGACUACGGUGAGACGGGCAUAGAUGCCUUCCAGCAGGAGGCCCGCACUCGCCAAAUCUGCAUUGCCACUUCAGCUAAAGUGAGCCGCUCCAUGAACCGUCAGGGCUAUGACAAUGUGAUCCGCUCCCUGCAGCAGAAGUCCAACGCCAAGGUGGUCAUCCUGUUCACCCGCAGUGAGGAUGCCCGUGAGCUGCUUGUGGCUGCUGCUCGAAUGAAUGUUAGCCUCAUCUGGGUGGCCAGUGACGGAUGGGGAGCACAGGAGAGUGUGGUGAGGGGCAGCGAGACUGCAGCAGAAGGGGCCUUUACCAUUGAACUAGCAUCCUACCCAAUCAGAGAGUUUGAAGACUACUUCACCAAGCUGAACCCAUACACCAACAUGAGGAACCCAUGGUUCAAAGAGUUCUGGGAGCACCGGUUUGGCUGCAGCCUUCAAGAGCCCGGCUGCAGUGAGCACAGCUUACGAGAUGGAACUUUUGAGCAGGAGUCAAAGAUCAUGUUUGUGGUAAAUGCUGUGUAUGCCAUGGCGUAUGCUCUGCACAACAUGAGGCAAGCAGUAUGCUCCAACACUUCUAAGGUCUGUGAUGCAAUGAAACCAGGUAAUGGCAAAAGAUUCUACAAGGAGUUCAUCUUAAAGACCAAGUUUGAAGCUCCUUUCAGACCUGCUGACACGGAGAGCAUGGUGCGUUUUGACUCUGUUGGUGACAGCAUCAGCCGCUACAACAUAUUUCAUUACCACAAAGAAGAGGGGAAGUACAUCUAUAGGAAAGUUGGCUACUGGGACCAGAUACUGACCCUGAACAACUCCCUGGUAGCCUGGCGUGGCCAUAUUCCUCCGACCUCACAGUGUAGCGAUCCCUGCAGGAAGAAUGAGAUAAAGAGCAUGCAGCCAGGAGAUGUGUGCUGCUGGAUUUGCAUUCCCUGUCAGCCCUACCAGUACCUGCAGGAUGAGUUUACUUGUGCUGACUGUAGCUUUGGUCAGUGGCCUCUGGCUAACUUGACUGGCUGCUUUGAUCUGCCUGAAGAGUACAUUCGCUGGGAGGAUGCAUGGGCUAUUGGGCCUGUUACUAUCUCCUGUCUUGGUAUACUUUGCACCCUUUCUGUAGUGGCCUUGUUCUUUAAACACAAUGAAACACCUGUGGUUAAAGCAAGUGGACGUGAGCUCUCCUACAUCCUCUUGCUGGGAGUCCUGAUGUGCUACAGCAUAACCUUCAUCUACAUCGCCAAACCUUCCACUGCCGUUUGCACACUGCGCCGACUAGGCCUGGGAACCUCAUUCGCUGUGUGCUACUCAGCCCUGCUAACCAAGACCAACCGCAUCGCUCGGAUCUUCAGUGGGGUGAAGGAUGGCGCUCAGAGGCCCCGCUUCAUCAGCCCAGCCUCUCAAGUAGCAAUAUGUGGUGCUCUGAUCUCCUGCCAGCUGCUGGUGGCUGUUAUCUGGCUGCUGGUGGAGGUGCCAGGGGUUCGGAAGGAGGUGAGCCCAGAGAGGAGAGACGUGGUUACCCUGAAGUGCAACAGCAGGGACACCAGCAUGCUUGUGUCCCUCACCUACAACUGCAUCCUCAUCAUCCUCUGCACUGUCUAUGCUUUCAAGACAAGAAAGUGCCCUGAGAACUUCAAUGAGGCCAAGUUCAUUGGGUUUACCAUGUACACCACCUGCAUCAUCUGGCUUGCCUUCCAGCCCAUCUUCUAUGUUACUGCCAGUGACUACAGGGUGCAGACCACUACCAUGUGUAUUUCUGUAAGUCUGAGUGGGUCGGUGGUUCUUGGCUGUCUUUUUGCCCCCAAAAUCCACAUCAUCCUGUUUCAGCCCCAGAAAAAUGUGGCCACCCUCAGAGUCACAACCAACCGCUUCAGUGCCACAGUCUCAACUUCUGCCUCCGCUCCCAGUUCCAGCUACUCAAAAGGAUCAGCCUCCAACUAUGUGCCAACAGUUUGUAACGGCCGCGAGGUGGUGGACUCUACAACAUCGUCUUUGUGAAAAAAAAAAAAAAAAAAAAAAAUCCUUUCUAAGCACAAGAGACCUUCCCAUCAUUAUUCAUCCGUCCCUGGAAACCCUUGUUCCAUCUCACAUAUUGCAGAGAGAUAACUGCGAGAGGAGACUGACAGCGGCAAGAGUAACUCCAACUGUGAAAGCUAAAUGAUGUUCCUGCAUCGAGCAGUUUGUAUCAACUGUAAAGCCUUUUUGUAUAGAUUAAAAAUGCUGUGAUCUUCUUGGUUUACAGAUAGAUGUGAUUAAAUGCACCGUGCCUUGUCCUCAAGAGUCUUGUUGUCAAAUGGGUGGUUGUGAAGCAAUAGUGUAUUACAAAAGGCUAUUCUUAUCUUGUACCAACAGUGCUGUGAAUAUAUCCAGAUGUUUUAGAUAUUGACAAAAAAAAAAGUGAGAAAAAGAUGUGCUUUGAAAUAAAUUUAGUCCUUCUGUUAAAUGUGUGAUUAAUCAUAGUGAAUGAUAAAAACUAGGCAACUAGACAAUAUACAGGACAUGUGUUUAUGUAGACUGAUAUCAAAGUGUGUUUUCUUGUAAUUUAUGUAAAUAAGAUGUUUUUUUAAUAUUAAAAGACUGAAUUCCA